AUGGAGAGAUUUAGAGAAGCUAUCGAGAGAUAUGGGCUAAGUGAUCUUGGGUAUCAAGGAAGCAAGUUUACAUGGAGCAACAACAGGGAGUAUUGUGUUUUCACUAAGGAGAGACUGGAUAGAGGGUUUGUUAACCUAAGUUUGGUUCUAUUGUUUGAAUUCUCUAGUGUUCUCACUUUGCCUACUCAAUCUUCAGAUCACUCCCCCAUUUUGAUUAAAUUGAGCCAGCACCAGUUUACCAACGUGCAAGGUAGUAAAUUAUUUAGAUAUGAGAUGUGCAAGAAGGCACUGAUUCAGUGGAGUAAGAAGCAUGGCACUAAGGGUAGAGGUUCAGUUGUAGAAAAUUUGAAAGAGAUAUUAAGGCUGCAAGAGGUUAACAAGGGGGAAUAUGGUACUGUUAUAAAAAUGAGACAAAAGGAAGUUGAGUGCCUAUUGGAGGAAGAGAACACAAGGUGGAAGCAAAAGGCUAAGCAUAGAUGGUUACAAGAAGGAAACAUAAACACAAAGUACUUUCACAUGUGUGCUAACCAUACAAGGAAAAACAAUAAGAUCUGUGAGAUUGAGAGGAGGGAGGAUGGCUUAAUGACUACUUCACCUGCAAAGAUUUCAACUUUGUUCCAAAGUUUCUACCAAUACCUUUUCUGCUCUUCCAAUCCUACUGGCAGUUUAGAAUGCCUCAAUAUUUUAAAGUCCAAGAUUAAAUUUAAAGCUUCUAGAGGUUUGAGGCAGGGUGAUCAAUUAUCACCAUACCUCUUCAUUCUUUGCUCUGAAGUUUUGAGUGCUUUGCUGAAUCAAGCUGAGAUGACAAAAGCUAUCACUGGUUUUCCACUUGCCUGA